GGAGAGCCAGCUUCGUUACAGUCCCCUGAGAGACAUCAGUACCACCAGGACACUUCUCUUCCUCAGAUUAUAGUGGGACCAUGGAUCUGUUUGGAGACAUAGAUGACAUUUCUUCAGAGAGUGAUGGGGACAAUCAACCACCUGUUCCAGGACAGCCUGUUGAUGAACGUGGGAUGCCUCAGGACCAGCAGGAGGAAGAGCCGAUUUCUGAAACCAGAAUAGAAGUAGAAAUUCCCAAUAUCCACUCUGAUUUAGGAAAUGAAUUAUACUUUGUGAAACUACCCAAAUUUCUCAGCAUAGAACCAAAACCUUUUGAUCCUCAGUAUUAUGAAGAUGAAUUUGCAGAUGAGAAAGUGCUUGACGAGGAAGACAGAACCAGGUUAAAAUUAAAGGUAGAAAAUACCAUACGCUGGAGGAUGCGCCAGGAUGAAGAAGGAAAUAAAAUCAAAGAGAGCAACGCCCGGGUAGUGAAGUGGUCAGACGGAAGCCUGUCCCUGCAUCUGGGCAGUGAAGUGUUUGACGUCUACAAAGCCCCGCUGCAGGACAAUCACAGCCACCUGUUUGUGAGAGAGGACACUGGUCUACAGGGACAAGCCGUCUUUAAAUCCAAACUCACCUUUAGACCUCACUCUACAGACAGCGCCACACACAGAAAGAUGACCCUGCCACUUGCUAACAGAUGCUCCAGGACACAGAUUAGAAUCUUACCAAUAGCUGGUCGUGAUCCUGAAUGCCAGCGCACAGAAAUGAUUAUGAAAGAAGAGGAACGUUUGAAGGCUUCUACUCGCCAGGAAACAGUCCAUCUGCGGGAGAAGCAGAACCCGCAGGGGCCGAGUGCCCCCUACCAGGACCCCAGCAGUGACGAGGAGGAGGAGGAAGGAGAUGAAGCCUUAAAAACCACGACCAACGGGAACUCCGAGGAGGUGAACCCUCCAGAAAGAGGAAAGCAGGGCGUGAAGAGGAAGAGGACGACUGAAGCAUAAAACGUGCACUCGUAUAUAUUGUCCUUAACAGUUUGUUUUAAAACAAUGAUGAAAGGCCUUGUUUUGACUGAAAUGAAGAAUUGAGUUACUUUUGCAUCAUCCUAGUUGUGAAUAAAAAAUGUUCAGAAGCAAGUCGGUGACUUUAGAAAAUCCAUUUUUCCCAAACGAGAGGUUUAUUUUGGUAACUGUUUGCUCUGGGUCUUGGGUGUUCACGCAUUCCUGCUGCUCUGCCCCACCCUGUCCCCCUGGCCCGGCUGAGGCAGGCUGAGGUGCAGCUCAGGUAUCACCUCCUCCGGGAUGUCCCCCCUGUCCUGCCUAGCUGGGUUCGGGGCCCUUCUGUGCUCUGUUGUCUCUGUUGCCAUGGUGCCAACUUUCCAGUGACCACAAGGCCCUGUGACCUUGUCAGAGCGAGGACAGCACAGGAGAGCUCACUGGA